GUGCUUGCAGUUAACCUUAAAAAGCACUGAUCUUCUAAUCCCAUUACUUAUCACAACAACACACACACUUACCCACAAUCCCCUGCCUUCUCCCACAUACUUUAUAACCCUUUACCCAAGUUUAUACUUCACCCAUAUUAAACAAUCCCCCAAAUUGUUAAACAUUUCCAACGUGACCAUUCUUCAGUGCUCUAAUGCCUGAAUGUCUUUUAUAAUUUGUAUUCAUGUAUAAGCGAACACAUACAUAAAAAACCUCUGCCAAUUUACUAUUUUUAACGUAUAUGAGAGUGUUAAGAUGGUGGACUCGUGCAAGGGUGUCUCUAAACAUAAACACAUGUCCACUCCUCCGCAGGAGUUAAUCUCCUCCCCUCCCCGUCUCAGGAUACAGGUGAGCUCUGAAUGUGUUCUCACAUAAGCUGGACAGCUUCUCAAGGCAACACGGAAACAAACGAAUGAAUGAGGACUCUCUGACCUCAGGAUACCAUAUAGCUACACUUAGAGACUUUUGAAAUUUCUCAAGGUUUCUCUUUAUCCCGUAGUGAUUGUGUUUACAGAACCUGACCACGCGGACAGCGUUCUUUGGUGGAUUGUUAAGGGUUGUACUGUUUAAAAUGGAACUACAGAAAGCAUCAAACGGUCACCAUGAUCUCAGCCCUGACAAAAUUCCUGAGAAUGGAUUUGAUGCCCUUGAAAACAUGACAGAUGGUGAUAUUUUCCUCCCCAAUAAGAGCAAUGGAAAUACAGAGACUCAGUUUACAGAUUUCGAGGGAAAGACUUCUUUUGGAAUGUCUAUUUUCAACCUCAGUAACGCCAUUAUGGGCAGUGGAAUUCUGGGACUGGCUUAUGCCAUGGCCAACACCGGAAUCAUCCUUUUUGUAUUCCUGUUGAUAUGCAUAGCUAUCCUCUCUGCCUACUCCAUACACCUGCUUCUGAAGAGUGCAGGAGUGGUUGGGAUCCGUGCAUAUGAACAGCUCGGGAACCAUGCAUUUGGUCGACCUGGGAAAAUCUUAGCAGCAUGCAUUAUAACACUGCACAACAUUGGAGCAAUGUCCAGUUACCUGUUUAUUGUGAAAAUAGAGUUACCUCAUAUUAUUCAGGGUCUUCUGGAAAUGCCAGAUAGCUCAGAUUACUGGUUUGUUGAUGGGAGGUAUCUCAUCAUUAUCGUUAGUGUAUUCGCCAUUCUUCCCCUGACAUUGAUGAAACGACUUGGGUAUCUGGGCUACACCAGUGGUUUCUCUCUUGGCUGCAUGGUCUUUUUCCUCAUAUCUGUCAUCUACAAGAAGUUUGUCAAAGAGUAUCCUGAUGAACACAGCUAUAACGAAACUGUGCCCACUGAAAGCAUAUACAACUCCGCCAAUGACAUGAGUGAAGCCAAAUUUAUAACUAUCAACCCAGAGACUGCUUUCACCAUUCCCAUUAUGGCAUUUGCUUUUGUGUGUCACCCUGAAGUGUUGCCCAUUUACACAGAACUCAAAAAUCCAAGCAAGAAACGCAUGCAAAAUGUUGCUAAUAUCUCCAUUUUGGCCAUGUUUGUCAUGUACCUGCUGACUGCCACCUUUGGCUACCUCACAUUCUAUGGAAAUGUGAAGCCAGAGCUUCUGGAGAUGUACAGUAAAAAAGACACCCUGAUGCUGUGUGUUCGGCUGGCUGUGCUGAUAGCAGUGACACUGACCGUUCCCGUGGUCCUUUUCCCGAUUCGUCGUGCCGUCUUGCAGCUUCUUUUCCCUGAUAAGCCUUUCCACUGGGUGCAUCACAUCUCCAUCGCUGUAUGCCUCCUCUUCUUAGUCAACCUGCUCGUCAUCUUCGUCCCCAACAUUCGUGACAUCUUCGGCUUCAUCGGUGCCACAUCUGCUCCCAGCCUCAUUUUCAUUCUUCCGGGAAUAUUCUACAUUCGCAUCGUCUCUGAAGAACAGGAGCCGUUGAAAUCUCGGCCAAAGAUCCAGGCGAUUGCAUUUGUGACACUGGGUUUCAUCUUCAUGAUUAUGAGCAUUACGUUCAUAAUAGUAGAGUGGGUCACCGGAAAGAAGACGUCGGGUGGCCACUGAGAGAGCACAACUGAAGACCAAAUCUAAUACAGAACAGAAACUCAUCCUCUGCACCAGGUUCAAUUUCACUUAGUUUGAUAGAUAUCAAACACGUUAACUCCUCAAUUUCUGUAUGUCCAAAAUAAAAAAUGGCUAGUUACCUAAAUUCAAGAAGAAUGCAAAGAAGAGUGGUAACAAACAUAUGAUCUUGAAUAAUUAGAGCUAUGAUGUCUACACUGGACGCGACAGGUGUCGGGCUGCGCCACUCGUAUCCGGUGUAGACACGGUGUAAGAACAUUUUGAAACUAUUUAUGGAGUUUUUAAUGAAAGUCAAUUUUACACACAAAGGUAUUGCUGUUAUGACUGGCAGAUGGAAUGGAACUUCCUAAACUAUACAAAACUGGUGAAAAACUGUGAUACUGAGAUGAGAAUUCACUCGUCUAUAUUGCCAAAGUUGUAAACAUGCAGUUUGAAAUCUACCUCCUUCUACACAGAGCAAUUUUACAGUUACAGCGUCUGUUUUUACAGCUCAUAGUGCAUAUUUUGGGCUCCAAAAAUCUUUUAUUAUGAAAACUCUGGUUUAAUAUACAAUUUUCAUUCUGAAAACAAUUUUAUCAACGUGAAAUGUUAGAAUCUGAUGAUCCUAGACAAUAGACUAAUUUGAUCAUAAUCUUCAAAUAUAUAUUUUUUUUGUUUUCUUGUUUAUCCUAAAACUGAUCCUUAAACAUUUUAUUUCCAGAGUUAAUUUUGAUUUUGAAUCCCACAUAUGCAAUUUGGUCUCAAACCUUUGGACCCCACUGUAUGUGAAUUUCAGUUAAUUUAAUUUUUGAUGAAUAAUAGGCAGUUCUAUUAGUCAACAUUUCUAAAAACAUUAUUUAAUUAGGAAGAGUGUACAGUUUUGUGAUGAACUUCAGCAUUAAGCGCAAUGCUUAAAUGUCAGAGGAAGAACCUGAAGUUAAUGUAUUGUAUUUAUUGGUAUUUUUAUGUCUCGUUGCAUCAUCAAAGAAAUGAAAUCUAUAGUACAAUAUGUCUUACAGUACACAAUUAGUGUUUAGCGCAGUUCUCGUUACCGUUAUAUGACAACAUUUCUUUACUCUGUUUUAGAGAGGAGAAGGAAUAUAAAUGUCUGAAUACUAAUUAUUUAGUAGUAUUCCAGAAACACACGACACUGUUGGGGAUUUUUCAUGUUGUAUGUCAUUUUGUUUGUUGUAUAAUUGGAAAAACUUUUUGAACAUCUUGAAAAUGAGUAUACUUUUAACAAACUUGAAAAAUGUUGUUGGAAUAAUUUAUUUGUGGUUUACAUGGUGACAUGUUGUGUUACAGUAACAAAAAAUUCCACUCCAGAAACGGGCCGAACAAUGAAUGAUGUUGAUAACUUUUUUUCUGAAAGGUCACUACAGUAUAACACAGCAUUGACAGGCCUGCAGAAUUCAUUAACAACAAUAAGCUCACAGAAAUGUUUCAGUGGUCAUACUAUGCCCAUCUGUGUUACUCCUCAUCAGUAUUUGUGAGUUUACAUGGACCAGGACUAAAGAUUUUUCCUGCUGGACAUAACAACUACUUUAUCAUAAAUGUCAGCAUGUAUGGUUGUUUUGUAUAGUCUUUUAUGUACAUAUUGUGUGUGAAAUGGAACAAGCUUUCCAUUAAUUGUUGUACAUCAGUGUACAUAUUCUGUGUACGUAUUCUUUUUCUGCACAGAUUGGGCCUGAAUGGUGAGCGAAAAUGAAGCCUAAUACAUUUAAUUUAAUUCACAUUUCCCCAUGAUUGUUUUUUAUAAAGUGCCUGACAUAAAAUAAAUGGAAACAACUGUAGCAUUCUGCAGUGGAUAAUUAGAAAUACAUGUAUUGUUGAAAACAUUGAUCCUGAAUAAUAACGUUGAAAUAUUGUGUAAAAACGAUGGGUUUAUUAUAUAAAACUAUUUUGUACAAAAAAAAAAAAAAAUCCAACCAAAAUCCAUAUAGAGUAUGUUUUAUGUAUUUGCAACAUCACGAACACAGUCUAGAGCAAUUUCAUUCCCAAAUGAGUAUGAAUCGUUUGACUAAAUGAUUCAGAUUCAUUAAAUGAUUCAUUGACUCACUUAAACUGAUGUCUGAAAAAGAAAUUAUAUAUAUAUAUAUAUAUAUAUAUAUAUAUAUAUACGUUCCGUCCAUAUAAGCUGCGAAUGCGCCAUACCCAGGCCGUCUGAGAGAAUGAGUUCACGGGCUAAUGAAUAUAAACAUGAUUAUAAGUUGAUCCCUUGUCAUUUGAGAUGUGAUUUAAAGCUUAAUAAAUUGUUGGGAAUAUGUAUGUAAAAUUA